AUGAAAUUAAUAUCUAAAUUUUUGUGUCAGGUUUCUCGUGCAAACAUACCAACAAAUCCAAAGAGUAACAAAGUUUUUCUCCAUAAUAUUCCCUGGUUUUCUGGAUCGAAAGAAAUUAAGAAGUCUCUUGAAAGUUAUGGUGAAAUAAGUAAUAUUAAAAUAUUUGAAAAUCGUGAAGCUAUUACACAUUUAGGGCUUGCUGAGGUCGAAUUUAAAAAUUCAAAUUCUAUGAAUAACUUACUUAAAAUAGGAAAAAUCAAAGUGGAUGGAUUUGAUGUUAUUGUAAGAAAUAAUAACAAAUAG